AUGCGGGGAUCUGAGGCAUCGGCGCCCGGUGCUAUCUGGGAUGCUCCCUCGACCCUCGCAACAUCCAUCAGGACCAUUCCUCCGACUUUUCCCACCGCCGUUGAUACCGCAUCUCCAGUCGACCCUCAACAUGUCGCAUCAAGCCCUGAACGUGCUUUCUCUUCGAUGUCGUGGGAACGGGCGAAUGGCGGUCGGAUAAGUGUCAGUGGCAACCCGUCGACGUCGACGGGGAAGGGCAUAUUGAUUGGUGUAUUAUCUGCCUUUGGCUCAGCAGCGGUUGCAGUGUUGAUCCUCGCGGCUUUUUUCUUCUUCAAAUACACGCAACGUGGUAGGAUUUUGUUGGAUCGUAUGGGUCGGCCCGGCGAGUUCGACGAUGAACAGGCGUUUUUGCGCGAAGAGGCCGAUGCAUUGGAGGUUAUGGAUGACUUGUCGCGAUCAGAGUAUCUGAGAGCGAAAGCAUUCGUAGAAGCCUAUCCGCCCGAAUCGGUGCAAACCGACAUUUCGCUGUCGCAGUUUCUCGCAAUACAAGAAAAAGGAGUAUCAGCGUGGGAGUUUCAGCCAGAACUCGAAAUUGCCAAUUGUUUCGUUGAAGGUCGAACCGAGAUUGAGUUUUACGACUCAAUAUGCAGUGUCCAAACAAAUCUACCAGUCCCCAAGCAAAACGACGUCUAUUACUGGGAAGCAAAGAUAUACGACAAACCAGAGAGCACGCUUAUAGGCAUCGGCAUGUCUACGAAACCAUACCCGUUGUUCAGGUUACCUGGAUACCACAAAGCGUCAGUUGCCUACGAAUCCACGGGCUACCGAAGGUACAAUCAACCAUUCGUCUCAUUCCCAUAUGGGCCUCCGCUUACACAGGGUGAUGUUGUGGGCGUGGGCUACCGACCUCGCUCAGGCACUAUAUUUUUUACGCGGAACGGCAAGAAACUGGAAGAUGUGCUUCAUGGCCAAAAGUCCCAGAAUUUCUUCCCUACAAUCGGGGCCAACGGGCCUUGCACUGUGCACGUGAAUUUUGGGCAGAUGGGAUUUGUGUUCAUCGAAGCCAAUGUCAAAAAAUGGGGCCUAGCACCGAUGACAGGUAGCCUGGCGCCUCCUCCGCCGUAUGGAAGCGAACAAGGCAGCAUCCUCUUAGAGUCUGGCCGAGAAAGCGCCGCCCAUGGCUCGCACCGGCAUUACCAAGACCCUAGUUAUGCACAAACAAACUCGACGAUUCGAAUACCGCCAUCCGCGAGCCCCGGUCCUGUUCGGUCCCCAACUGAUAUCUCCCUCGCUCCGCUUUCCCAUAUACCCUCACACGAGGAUGCUGGAGAAGGAUCCAGCCGGAAUGGCAACCCUGAGCAGGUUCCUUUGAUUAAUCCGGAUGACCUGGAGCAAGGCCCACCGCCAGAAUACUCCAGCCCCGACGGAAGUCCAAGGACAAGUCACGAUCUCUCACGCGAGGAUCAUCCCCCCAUUCCUAGCUACGACGCUGCGGUCGGCAAUGACCGCAGCAGCUCUCCCACGCAUUAA